AUGGGGAGCAAUAGUGUAAGUGAACUAAUAAAUGAAUAUAUGGGAUGUGAGGAUACACAUAAAGAAAGCAAAAUAAAAAUCGCCAAUAAUUUAGUUAAAAAUUUUUGUCUUUUGAAGGAAUUAAAUUUAUUAACAACUAUAAAAAAUGAAGAAAAAAGCCAAGUUCUUGACAUUACCAAUAAUAAAGAUAAUAAUAUAAUAACUUAUGAUAGCAAUAAUAUUAUUUAUGCUAAUAAAUAUAUUAUGGAUUUCUUACAAAUUAAAGAACAAAAUGUAAUUAAAAUAAAUGAAGAAAAACAGAGGAAAAAGAAAAAGAAGAGUUAUGAAGAAGAAAUAUUAAAUGAAAAAGAUAUAUUAAGUAUUAUUAAUACAUUAAAUAUUAAUGAAUUAAAUCUAUCCGUGUAUGAAAAAAAUAUUAUGUACUGUGAUGAACUAGAUAGUUUUAAAGUUUUUAACAGCCAAUUAUUAGUAAAGUAUAUUGAUAAUAUAGCAACAACAGAAAAGGAUAAACGUGCUCAUUUAAAAUAUUAUGAAAUUUUUAAUUUGUUAAUAAAAAAUUAUAAUAACACUCUGAGUUUAAUAAAAACACAACAAAGAGUUAUAAAUGAUUUAAUUUUUUAUGCGCAUAAUAUAUUAAUAAAUAAUAAAAUGCUGAGAGAGAAAAAUAAAAAUUUAAUUAAAAUGAAUUCAGCGAAUAUUGAAUUAAAAAAUAAGUUAUAUGAUAAUAAUGCAGUUCAAAUAAAAUUGCCUUUUACAGGUGGAGAAGAACUGUCUUCCUUAUAUCAGAUCCAAAUUGAUUUAUAUAGAAAACACAUCAAUCAUUUGUAUAAUGAAAAUGAUGAGUUAAGAAAAAAUAUGAGCAUGUUCAAUGCAGGGAGUAGGGCCUCAAACUUUUGA